CAUCAAACUUGUUGCAAGAAAUACUUAUACAACUUAAGAUUAUCCUAUCUAAGAAUCAUCAUGACCUUGAAAUAUUUUAUCACAUUUCUCCUAAUUGCUGCAAUGGCAAUUAAUAUUCCACAAACCCUAGCUCAGCUUGGAAUUCUCAGUGGUCUCCUUGGUUCGGUUAGUAAUAUUCAAGGAACUGUGUUUUGCACUUCCAAGGACAAUAUGGGAGUCAAAGGUGCCUCAGUCCCUGUUUUUCCAAAUGCUCAAGUGCAACUGGUUUGUGGAGGAAAGGAGCUUUCUAAUGCUAAAACUAAUGAUGAUGGAACAUUUUCCAUGAUGAUGGAUCCAUUGCUAUUGGAUCUUGCUUCACUUCUCAGUGGUUGCAACUUAGUGGUUGCCACUCCUCUCUCGAACUGCAAUGCCAAGCUUCCUUCUACUGGGGGUCUCAUUUCAACCCUAAACUUUGCUGGGAUCACUAGUGUUGGCACUCAAACCAUGGCUAACAUCAUUCCAUCAGGGUUUCAUUUCUUGCCAUCCAUUUAAGCAUUACAAGAUGGAAAAGAUAUAUUUAUAGCAUGCAUGACAAAAUUAUUAUGAAAUAAAGUCAUGCAAUGUCUUGUCUUAUUAUUGUACUACUUUAAAUUGCCACGCCUGCUAUAUCUAAAUUAAUUGGCGUUUGGAUAAAUUAAUAGAUGUCAUCCGUGUGACUAUAAUAAGGUGUUUAUGCUUUUACUCUUUUUUUUUCC